ACGACUCCCUCCCAAUCGUUCUCCAGUUGAAAGAGCAAAUACAGCGCCCACCAUGGCGGGCGGCCUCGUCAAAUACCGGCACUUGUCGCGCGACUCGGCGCACCGCAAGGCCCUCCUCCGCAAUCUGGUCACGUCGCUCAUCAAGAACGAGUCGAUUCACACCACAUGGCCCAAGGCCAAAGAAGCCCAGCGGCUAGCCGAGAAGCUCAUCACCCACGCCAAGAAGAACGACGAGGUGGCGCGGAGAAAAGCCCAGGGCAUCCUCUUUACACCCCACGAGCUAAUGCCGAAACUCUUCGGCGAGAUCCGCGAGCGGUACCUGAACCGGCCCGGCGGCUACACCAGGGUUUUGCGGACGGAGCCCAAGGACAAGUACGACCAGGCGCCGAGCGCGAUAUUGGAGCUGGUGGACGGGCCCAAGGACAUGCGGUUUGCCAUGACGGCGGCGGCGGUGGCGCGCGACCGGAUGCUUGGCAAGCGGCACACGGAGCUGACGCAAAAGAAUGUCGAGAAGGUGACGCGGUACCGGCGCGGCGGGAGGGAGGAGUUUGAGGAGAUGGUGGGCAAGAUUGAGGAGUUGAAGUUAAGCCGGGAUUAAACCGACUGUUGUAAGAAUCAUAUGUAAACGGGUAUGGGCGCCCGUGGGUUCAAUGAUCAAGGGGAAUUUGGGAAUUGUGUACAUUACAAAGGCGCACGUGUAUGAUACGAAGCUGGGAGGAUGUGUGAUUUCCAACCCGGCCGGCGUCGGGAAGACGCUGCAUCGAUCUACAGAUACAGAGCGCAACAAGCUUACACAAAGUCAAAC